CAGCCCAGCUGGGAUAUAAGCAAGUCACUCAGACACCGGGAGCUGCCGCGACAGCUGGGCGGGUGGCGUGGGACAUCGCGCCGUGACCUGAGCCGUGCCCCUCGCCUCGACGCCGGACCCCAUGGCGACGCCUUCGCAGAAGAGGAGCACCCGCAGCGGGGCUUCGGGGACCCCCUUGUCCCCCACACGCAUCACCCGGCUGCAGGAGAAGGAGGACCUGCAGGAGCUCAAUGACCGCUUGGCCGUGUACAUCGACAAGGUGCGCUCGCUGGAGCUGGAGAACGCCGGGCUGCGGCUCCGCAUCACCGAGUCCGAGGAGGUGGUGAGCCGCGAGGUCUCGGGCAUCAAGGCUGCCUACGAGUCGGAGCUGGCGGAUGCCCGCAAGACCUUGGAUUCGGUGGCCAAGGAGAGAGCUCGGCUGCAGCUGGAGCUCAGUAAAGUGCGGGAGGAGCACAAGGAGCUGAAAGCCCGGAAUGCCAAGAAGGAAGGGGACCUGCUGACCGCCCAGGCACGCCUUAAGGAUGUGGAGGCUUUGCUAAACUCCAAGGAGGCUGCACUCUCCACGGCCCUGGGUGAGAAGAGGAAUCUGGAAAAUGAAGUGCGAGACCUGAGGGGACAGGUGGCCAAGCUGGAAAGUGCCUUGGGCGAAGCCAAGAAGCAGCUGCAGGAUGAGAUGCUGCGCCGCGUGGACGCUGAGAACCGGCUGCAGACCCUGAAGGAAGAGCUGGAAUUCCAGAAGAACAUCUACAGCGAGGAGCUGCGGGAGACCAAGCGGCGCCACGAAACCCGGCUGGUGGAGAUCGACAACGGGCGGCAGCGGGAGUUUGAGAGCAAACUCUCCGAGGCCCUGCAGGAGCUGCGGAGCCAGCACGAGGCCCAGAUCAGGCUGUACAAGGAGGAACUGGAGAAAACCUACGGGGCAAAGCUGGAGAAUGCCAAGCAGUCAGCUGAGAGGAACAGCAACAUGGUGGGUGCUGCCCACGAGGAGCUGCAGCAGACCCGUAUCCGCAUUGACAACCUCUCCUCAGAGGUCAGCCAGCUGCAGAAGCAGCUGGCUGCCAAGGAGGCGAAGCUGCACGAUCUGGAGGAUAUUCUGGCCAGGGAACGCGAGAGCAACCGGCGCCUGCUGUCCGACAAGGAGCGGGAGAUGGCCGAGAUGCGGGCACGCAUGCAGCAGCAGCUGGACGAGUACCAGGAGCUGCUGGACAUCAAGCUGGCUCUGGAUAUGGAGAUCAACGCCUACCGCAAGCUGCUGGAGGGCGAGGAGGAGCGGCUGAGGCUGUCCCCCAGCCCUUCAUCCCACAAAGGUGCAUCCCGAAGCCACCUGUCCACCCCAGGCUCCUCCAAGAAGCGGAAGCUGGAGGACAGUGAGAGCCGGACCAGCUUCUCCCACCAUGCCCGGACCAGUGGCCGUGUUGGCGUGGAGGAGGUGGACUUGGAGGGCAAGUUCGUCCGUCUCAGGAACAAGUCCAACGAAGACCAGGCGAUGGGCAACUGGCAGAUCAAGCGGCAAAAUGGGGACGAUCCCCCCCUUACCUACCGCUUCCCCCCGAAGUACACCCUGAAGGCUGGCCAGGUGGUCACGAUCUGGGCCUCAGGAGCUGGAGCAACCCACAGCCCCCCCAGUAAUUUGGUGUGGAAGACCCAGAGCAGCUGGGGCUCCGGGGACAGCCUGCGCACCGCCCUCAUCAACUCCAACGGGGAGGAGGUGGCCAUGCGGAAACUGGUCCGCACUGUGAUCAUCAACGAUGAUGAGGAUGAGGACGAUGAGGAAAUGAGCAUCCACCACCGCCACCACCAUGGCUGCAGUGGCUCUGGGGACCCCGGUGAAUACAACCUGCGCUCCCGCACGGUGGUCUGUGGCACGUGUGGCCAGCCGGCCGACAAGUCGGGCACGCAGAACGCCGGCAUCAGCACCAUGUCCUCGGGCUCAUCCACCUCCAGCGUGACCGUCACCCGCAGCUACCGCAGCAUGGGCGACUCCGGCAUCGGCCUGGGGGACAGCCUGGUGUCCAGGAACUACCUCCUGGGGAGCUCCAGCCCCCGCAGGCAGGCUCAGGCUGUGCAGAACUGCAGCAUCAUGUAAUUCCGUGGCGCAUUCCUGUGGUUCCUGCCCGUCUCCAGCUAGGUUUGUUUUUUUUUCCCAAAGCAACAGAAUUUUUUUCC